GACAAAAAUGGAAGGACUUACGGGCCGUCCUCACUCCAUCAUUUACUGCCAACAAACUUAAAACAAUGUAUCAUUUGAUAACGGAAUGCGGUGAGACUUUUACCAAUUUCUUUUUAAAAAAGAACCAAGAUUCAAUGGAAAUUGAGAUGAAAGAUGUUUUUCUGCGGUACUGUAACGAUGUAAUUACUUCGAUAGCUUUUGGAAUCAAAAUGGAUUCAUUACUAGAACCUGACAAUGAAUUCUUUUUAACGGCAAAAACUGCUACUAAUUUUAAUGGAUUUUGGGUCAACGUUAGACUGUUGGCUACUUUGAUUUUUCCUAAAAUAUGUACGGUAAGUGGAAAACUUGAAUAACGCCAAAAAAAUACC